CCUAGGCCUUCGGAAGACGGACCAUUUCCCGCCUUUUCUUUGAUCGGUAUAUAAAAUCUCAUCAGACGGAUUUUCCUUCUAUCGGUUAAAUCAGAUUAUGGCUUCUUCUUCCUCCUCAAGAACCCUAAUUGAUCUUUUUCAACCUGCUAAGCGUUUGAAAAGACUCCCUUCUCCUCCAUCCCCUUCUUCAACUCCAAAUCUGAUCUCGACGACUGCGGCGGGAUCAUCCUCCAAAUCUUCUCCUCUCCGCGUUUCCUCCUCACUUACUAAUGAUUUUUCCGGCGCCGGCGGUGAUGAUGCUUCGAUCUCUCUAUCCUCCCCGAGCUUGACAGGCGAGGAACAAGCGAAGAUCGAGUUCAACAAAUUGCAGGCGAAUUCAAGGAGAAAUCUCAAAAUCUGUUUGGAUAGAGUUGCAACGAUAUCCAAAGAAGGAGAUAGUAAGGGUCUUAUCGACUUGGAAAAACUUCUGGUGGAGGAGACCUGGUUGGGCAUGAACAUUCUCGAUGGAGAGUUUCAUAAACCUUAUGCCAAAGAACUAUACAGGUAUCUGCAGAAUGAAUUAUACGGAAGCAAAGGAAAAGGAGGAGGAUCUGGGAAGCCAAUCUAUCCACCUUUACACUUGAUCUUCAAUGCCCUAAACACUACCCCUUUUCACAGAGUUAAGGCUGUCAUUAUUGGUCAGGACCCAUACCAUGGACCUGGUCAGGCAAUGGGACUUUCUUUCUCUGUACCGAAAGGUGUUAAAAUUCCUUCAAGCCUAAUGAACAUGUAUAAGGAACUUAAGCAAGAUUUGGGUUGUUCAAUUCCAUCUCAUGGGAAUCUUGAAAAAUGGGCUAUCCAGGGGGUUCUACUGCUCAAUUCUGUUCUUACUGUUAGGGAACAUGAGGCUAAUUCUCAUGCGAAGAAAGGGUGGGAGCAAUUUACUGAUGCUGUCAUCAAAACAAUUUCAGUGAAUAAACAAGGAGUUAUUUUUCUCCUAUGGGGAAACUAUGCUCAAGCUAAGUCCAGGUUAAUCGAUGAGACAAGGCAUCAUAUUCUGAAAUCAGCGCAUCCAUCUGGUUUAUCCGCACAUAGAGGCUUCUUUGGAUGCAGGCAUUUUUCACGUACAAACCAACUCCUGGAACAGAUGGGAGAGUCUCCCAUAGAUUGGCAACUUUAACAUCUUAGUUUAUUAAUAUAUUUUGGAUUUUAGCUGUCUAACCUAUUUUGUCGAAAAUACUUGUUAUUCAAUUUGAAGUAACCAUUUUGGCCCCCAAUUAUUAGUCAACCAUUUGAAGUUCUUUUUUGUAA